GUGAUACGAGCGCAGUCGGAAAGCGGCAACCGCAACGAUUGGACGUGUCGCGAUCAGCAACAAACAAAAACGAAUAUCCAAAGUGAAUAAUUCAACGAAUAGCAGUACGAAUACGUAUAGCAAUAUUUGAAUUCAAGCAGGCUACAAAUCAUGCCACAUAUUCUUGCCACAAUUUUUGGACUGCUUCUAUGCAGUCAGCUUCCUGCUGGAAGUCAGGCUCAGUCAGCUGGUCUGCAGGUGCAGAAGCACUGGAAGCUCCUGUCCUACAAUUUUCCAUCCGCUUCCCGGACCAGUGACAUGAACUUUUACAAUCCGCAGAAUGUGUUAAUCACGGGAAUUGCUGUGUCAAAUGAUCGCAUCUUUAUAGCGACUCCGAAAUUGUUUUCGGGAGUUUCCUCGACUGUCAGUUGGGUGCCCAAGGGUCCCAUGGGGGAUUCCCCCGUGCUGCAGGCCUAUCCGGAUUGGUCGUUCUCCAACACUGCUCGAACCAACUAUAACUGCAGCGAUCUGGUUCUCACUUCCGUUUAUCGAUUGCGCAUCGAUUCCUGCAAUCGAUUGUGGCUACUCGAUGCGGGCGUCUCUCGUUCCCUGGAGGAUUAUGAGAUCACCUGUCCACCCAAAAUACUUGUGGUGGAUCUCAAUACGGAUCGUGUGGUGCGUCGCAUUGACUUUCCACGCGAGGUGCUGCGGGGGGAAACGCUCUUCACCAAUCUGGUUAUCGAUGAAACCACGGCCAAGAGCUGUGACGAUGUCUUUGUUUAUAUCACGGAUACAGUGGAGCCUGGCAUUAUUGUCUACGACAGCAGCAAGGAUGUCACCUGGCGACUCUCUCAUCCAGCCAUGUACCCUGACCCGGACUUUGCCCAGUCCGAGAUUCACAACGAUCAAUUUGUGCUGAUGGAUGGCGUUGUAGGAUUGACCUUUGAUGAACGCAGUGGGGUAGUUUACUUCCAACCAUUGGCCACAGAUCGUGUCUUCUCGGUGCACAAGAAUGUGUUGAGGGCAGGUCCAUUGGCCAGGGGACAGAUGCUGGAUGUUAAGCUGGUGGGCAAGAAGUCAUCCCAGGGCAUUGGAUUGGCGGUAUCUCCAUUCGAUGGCAGCCUGAUCUUCAGUCCGCUCAGCGAGACGGCGAUUGCCUCCUGGAAUCCCACAAACAAUCAGCAAUCUGUGCUGGCCCAGGAUCGGGAUAGACUGCAGUUUGUGGCGGAUAUAACCUUGACGAAAUCGGAGCCGGGUGUUAUCUAUGCCAUUGCCUCCAAGUUCCAUCGAUUCUUCUUGAAGAAUCUCAAUCCCAAUGAGUUCAACAAUCGCAUUGUGCGUCUGGAACUGCCCCAAACCCGUUCCCUCGCCACGGGCAUCAAGAGUCCUCUGCUGACGCAUCCACUGACUCUUCCCACGCACAACAGUCUCCUCCACUAUGGUGUCUUCAAUACCCACCAGACUCAAUCCCAAUCCCUUGUGCACACCACACAGGCCACGGCCAAUGCACUGCAGACCUAUUUCACCAGUCCGGCUCUGACCACAAGGACACCCUAUAAAUUCGAGAGCACGGGCAUUGUCAACUAUGGACUACGUAAUCCCUUCACGGCUCUCAAUCAGGGAGAGGCUUUCCCGCCCUCCAAGGCCACCAGGGACAACUAUCAACGCUCGUAUCUGGACACUCUGGUGCCGGGAAAUCUUCCAACUGCCACAGCAGCUGUCACAGCUCCAGCGGCCUACACAACUCGGCACAGUGGUUAUUACUAUCAUUAACACUUGAUGAAAUCUAUAAACUCAAUUUAUGUUAAACUCGAAAUUUUAUUGUAAAUAUAUUUUUAUUUAUUUUAA